ACGUUUCCAAAAUACUACAUCACAUAACAAUACAAUAAAUACAUACUAGCAAUAUAUAUAAAUAUUUUUACACAAUGCCUUGCUUUAAUAGAGAGAAAAGUCUUUCGAUUCGUCGUCCGCGGCGUGACAAGGCAAACGAUAGAGAUGGUUUGGCUCCGAAGCCCGUUCGUCCACGGGCAAUGAAAUACCAUGGACUCUUGGGCAUGUCGAUUGCGGCACAGCAUCUAAUUGUUGAUGAGAAGUGGACGCCGGAUUCACUGUCUGAGCAAUAUUCUGGAUUCACGGAUCUCUUGAAUCGCCGCAUAAUUUACAAGCGACAUGAGACGAAGUCGAAUCGUAAGCGUCUUCUUCAACAUAGUAGGCGGUUAAAGAUGAUGUGCACUGAUGGACGCAUUAAGCUCCAGAAGAUCUCUACCGGGAAUAAUGCGCAUAAGAUACGCAACCUUUUGAUUAAACAUCGAGAUAUGCAACGUCUCUAUCAGAAGAUGCCAAUACACAUGGUUGCGGAUAAUAUAAAUCAGCGAACUUUUGUCCUUCGAAAAGAGCGAGAUCGUCUAUUAUUUCGCUUGGAACAAAUGAAAAAAGAAUACAAAAACUUGCUGCUUGAUCGGUCUGAAGUGGAAAACCUCAUUAGGUACGAAAAUGAAUUUGUGCUCGAGGAGGAACUUUUGUCGCGCGUUUUGCUUAAGAAAAUAGAAAACUCAAAUGUACGAUUCAAGGCGAUCACAACAAUUAACACAACAUAUCGAAAAAUUAUACAAGUUCUCUUACAAGAUGAAAUAUUCUAUGAGCCAAUUCUUCGAUCUCUCGAUUCUGAUAUUGAGGAUCAGGGGAAUUUCAUAAAGAAUAUCCUCUAUAUUGGCAAACCGGCCAUCGUUAAAUUCAAGGAGUUGAAUAAAGAAUAUAGAAUGCUGAUGGACAAGUCGCGAAAUAAUCUUCAGGCUAAGUUGCUAAUGUUGGCGUCCUUGAAAAAGCCACCUACAGCCUUUGUCCCGGUGGCUGAAAAACCCCCACGGAUGUCCGUGGAAGAAACUGAUGCGCAUUAUGUGCGUCAAACGCGGAGCAUGUUGAAACUCAAGUCGGAGUUGGCGGCAAUUGAAACUACUAUAAAAAAUUUGAAAUUCGUUACACUUUGCUCACAAGCCAGGGAGAUCUAUCCACGCGUUAAGGGUCAGCUGGAAAACAAUUUGAAGUUAAAACUAAACGUUGAGCUUGAUUUGCAAAAUCAUCAGAUGCGUAGAACCAAAAUGAAGUACACCCAAAUGCUGCAGGACGUAUUGUUAAAUAAUCUUUCCGAAGAGGAAAUGAAUCGCUUAGAUCGCAUUAGUGACUUGAAAGAGAUAUUAAAAAAGGAUGAGGAAUUCGAGCGUGACAUAUUGAGUCAAAUUAAGAGUCGCGCCGAUAUCUAUGUGAUAUUUCGUCUUUCACUAUGGAAUCUGUUGGAUAUUUUACGACAUAUAGAUCGUGCGCCUAGAACUUUUCGAUUUAAAUAUCGGAGCUCGUAUCUGAAGUUGCCAUUGCUGAAAUUCGAGAUGCACAAUAUGUAUGCUGCAGCUCCAGAGUUAUACGAGGAGGAUUAUAGUAAAUUAAUGAUUUUGCUGAAGCGAAAGGUAUAUAAACUGAUGAAGGCAUUUAAGGCGAUAGAUCCAACACCCGAAAUGAUUGAACACGGUAGAGAAGCGUAUCAUAUGAAAUUCUUGUCGGGAUUCACGGCGCACGACAAUAUCGAUGAAGAUCACCAACAGGCUGCCAUUGAUGACGAUGAUGAUAAGGCUAUGGCCGCAAUUCCGAGUCGUAAAUUAUUAAAGGCACAAAGUGCAAGACUAGUGGAAGAAGCUUCUAAGCGAGAUGAAGAUUAAUCUCUUUAAAAAUGCAGCUAAUAUGGAAUUGGCUCACAUAACACUUUCAUUCAAUUUUUACACUCGUACUUUACAUAUUUAUAAAUAUACUAUUAGGUUACAUCAAAACCGCAAUAAAAUAUCAAAAAA